AUGGAGGAGGAACCGCCACCACCCGAAAACCCGGCGACUGAUCGUACAGGCGUACCGCCCAAGCGCCCCAGGACGAACUCUGACAGUUCCACAUCCCUCGAAUCCUUACGCUCUACACGGACACUACAGUCUGACGACGUGGAAUUUGUCUACGAAAAUGGACGGGAGUAUGGGAAUGAUAGUUACUACAUGCCAUGCGACCAGGCAGAGAAUGAUCGUCUCGCCAUCCACCACCGUAUCUAUACACACGCCUUAAAAGGCAAGCUCACAACAACACCCGUAACAUCUGCUACCAGAAGAAUAUUAGACCUAGGCACAGGGCCUGGACACUGGGCCGUCGCCAUGGCUCGGCAGCAUCCCCACGCCGACGUCGUAGGCGUCGACAUGGCUGUUUGGGACAUCGAAACCACAGAAGAAAGCGUCGGCUGCACAGGCGUGAACUGGGAAAUCGAUGACCUGGACGUGUGGGGUGUAGAAGACGACUUCGACGACCUGACCGCGCGCCUCCAGCGCUAUGACAUGUCACGCGACUACGCCAACCGCGAGCCCCUCGCCGCGGCCAAAACCUCGCGCUUCAAAAGCGCCCUCUCCACCAGCGACUCCUCUCAGCCCCACACGCCGUCCGACUCCGCAUAUGAGUCGUACAUGCUGGAGACGGAAGCCCAGCCGGGUUGGCACUUCAGCGAGCCCUUUGACCUCAUCUACAUGCGCGGCAUGAAGGGCGUCUUCGCGUACUGGGAAGGCGUCUACGACGAGAUCUACAAGAACCUGAAUCCCGGCGGCUGGAUCGAGGUCGUUGACUUCGAUAUGAGCCUGCCCAACAUCGAGGCCGGCGUCGACAACUUCCCGUUCCCGACGCUCGCGCGCCUGUACCUCGGCGUCAUGCAGGCGGCGUUCAAGUCCGGCCGCCCCGUCGGCACGUUCUACAUGCACCCGACGUACCUCGACGACGCGGGGUUUACCAAUAUCAAGCAGACGUAUGUCAAUGUGCCCAUUGGGCAGUGGCCCGAGGACGAGGAGCAGCGGACGAUAGGCAAGAUGCAUCUGGUGUGUAUCAUGGAGAUGCUGGAGUCGAUGCUACUAAGGUACCUUACUAUGUGGGGCGAUGCGAAUAAGGACCACUGGACGAAAGAGGAGGUGCAGAACAUGAUUGAGGUGGGCAAGGGCGAGAUCAUGGAUUGGGCGUCGGGCACGGAUCGGCUUGGAAAUAUCAGGGAGGGCUGGUGCGCGAGCUACAAGUGGAUUAUUGGGAGGAAGCCGCUGCAUGCUAGGGAUAGGAGGAGGGACUGA